UCCAUCUUUCACCGCGGCCACGAGAGGUUCCGCAUCGGCAGCGCCUGUCCGGACGAGAUCAGCUGCGAGUUCGUCCCAGGGGCCGGGGCCCGUGCCGGCGCCUCCGCCUCCCGGGGGCCGCCGCCGGGACCCGUCCGUAUUCACUGCAACAUCACGGAGUCUUAUCCAGCUGUUCCCCCAAUAUGGUCUGUGGAGUCAGACGAUCCCAACCUGGCAGCUAUCCUGGAGAGGCUAGUGGAAGUCAGGAAAGGAAAUACGCUGCUUUUGCAGCACCUGAAGCGAAUAAUCUCUGACCUGUGCAAACUCUACAACCUCCCCCAACAUCCAGAUGUUGAAAUGCUGGACCAGCCUCUGCCAGCAGAACAGAGCACCCAGGAAGAGGUGUCCUCUGAAGAGGAAGAUGAAGAGAUGCCAGAGGACACUGAGGACUUGGACCACUAUGAGAUGAAAGAGGAAGAGCCGGCAGAUGGGAGAAAGACAGAGGAUGAAGGCAUUGGGAAAGAAAACCUGGCCAUUUUAGAGAAAAUAAAAAAGAACCAGAGGCAAGAUUACUUAAAUGGUGCAGUGUCUGGGUCUGUUCAGGCCACUGACCGGCUAAUGAAGGAGCUCAGGGAUAUUUACCGAUCACCAAGUUUCAAGGGCGGAUACUAUGCAGUUGAACUAGUGAAUGACAGCCUGUACGAUUGGAACGUCAAACUCCUGAAGGUUGAUGAGGACAGCGCUUUGCACAACGAUCUCCAAAUCCUCAAAGAGAAAGAAGGAACAGAUUUCAUCCUCCUCAACUUCUCUUUUAAAGAUAACUUUCCUUUUGAUCCACCAUUUGUAAGGGUUGUAUCCCCGGUGCUGUCAGGGGGGUAUGUUUUGGGUGGCGGUGCCAUCUGCAUGGAGCUGCUUACGAAACAGGGCUGGAGUAGUGCCUACUCCAUCGAGUCAGUGAUCAUGCAGAUCAGUGCAACGCUGGUGAAAGGGAAAGCGCGAGUACAAUUUGGAGCCAACAAGAACCAGUACAGCCUGACAAGAGCACAGCAGUCCUACAAGUCCCUGGUUCAGAUCCAUGAGAAGAAUGGCUGGUAUACACCACCCAAGGAGGAUGGCUAGUGUGGAUGCUGCAGGACCAAUCUGAAUAUCUUCUGGAUGCUCUGCUUGGAUCUUAGUGAUGCCUCUUGGCUUUCUCCCAGGAUGUAAUAGCUCUGCCUGUUGCAGGACAAUACUGGCUGUUCAAAACUCUAAAUAACCGUUUAAGGAGUUGGACUGACCCAGAACACUUGCUGGGCCCAUGCUAGCAGGCAUUCUUGUUAAAACAAACUCUUGAGCCUCUUGUAUUGCUGGAAACUUUUGAUUUUACUCCAGUCUAGAGCAUCCUCCUUACCUAUGCUAUGGAUUUAAUUUAUUUUCUUAUUUCAUGUACACUGCUUUUUUUUGUUACGGUGUAUGAUGGAUGUGUAUGGAAAAAUGUAUCUUUGGAGAAAAAUUACAGUUUGUUAAUUUGAGAUUGCUGGUCUAACUAUUUUUUUUCCAAGCUCCUGCUGGGUGGUUUGUGCCCUGCAAACCCUGCUGCAGCCCUGGUCGCAGGGUGGGGUGGUCAUUGGAGCUGUGGUGUGCCCAAGCCCUGCAGGAAGACUUGGUGCAACUACCUUGGAAGAAGAAAAGCCCUUUUCUUUUUUGACAGUAAGAGAGCAGUGUUUCUGCUCCAUCUUCCCUGGGCAAGCCCAGCUUUUCUCUAUAAACUGCAGACUUACAACUCAAAACACAGAGGGGAAAAUCUGUGAGGUUGUCCUCUCCCCUGCAGUGGAGGAGGGUUUUGUGGGUGUGUGCCAGCACUGCCAGCUCCCACCCCACACUUCUCCCUGUCUGUUUGCCAAGCAGUAAGAUGAACUGAGGCCUAAGCUUUGUCCUGUUUCUCCCCACUAGCCAUGCAUGGAGGCUGAGCCCCUUGUCCCCAUCCCUGCUGUGCUGUGGCUGUAAGCUGCUGCAGGGAGUGGAGCGUGGGCACUGCUCUGUCCUACCACUUCUCCCAUUCCUGACCAGGACCUGUUCCAGCAGUGAACACCCCGUUCUAUGGGGUUUUAUUUUACUUUCCUUAAGCUACUGUUCCUGCUCACCUUUGUACUCCAGCCCUUCAUGGAUGGGGUUGCUGCAGUUGUGGCCUGUUGUCUUGAAUCCCCAUGGCCCCGUUUUGAGUCUGCUGGAAGGAGAUUUAGCUGUUGGAGCUCUUCUAACUUGGGCCAUUGUCCUCGUCUGGAGGACAGAACUGACGCACUAGUAUCAAAGAUGGAACCAUGCGUAUUAAUUCACUGUGUUUGAAUAAAAGUCAUUAGAAAAUCAAA